AAUACAGUGGGGCAGAGCCGAGGUUACUUUGCAGAGGCUCCCGGGAUCCCCGGGGGCGGUUCCUGUCAGAGUUGUUGGGAUUUGCUUGGGCUGGUGUGGGAAGACCCAGCCUGUGGGGAGCGGCCACUCCUUGCUGCUGGGGGCUAAAGGCUUCUGCCCACCUUGCCUGUUAGCUAAGGAGGCGGCCGAGCAGGCCCCUGGCCGGGCACUAUGUGGGCCUUCCCGGAAUUACCGAUGUCGCUGCUGGUGAAUUUGAUCGGCUCGCUGCUGGGGUUUGUGGCCACAGUCACUCUCAUCCCCGCCUUUCGUGGCCACUUCAUCGCCGCGCGCCUCUGUGGCCAGGACCUCAACAAAUCCGGCCGGCAGCAAAUCCCAGAGUCUCAGGGAGUGAUCAGCGGUGCUGUUUUCCUUAUCAUCCUCUUCUGCUUCAUCCCGUUCCCUUUCCUGAACUGCUUUGUGGAGGAGCAGUGUAAGACCUUCCCCCACCAUGAAUUUGUGGCCCUGAUAGGUGCACUCCUUGCCAUCUGCUGCAUGAUUUUCCUGGGCUUUGCGGAUGAUGUACUGAACCUGCGCUGGCGCCACAAGCUGCUGCUGCCCACUGCUGCCUCACUACCUCUUCUCAUGGUCUAUUUUACCAAUUUUGGCAAUACCACCAUUGUGGUACCCAAGCCCUUCCGUCCCCUUCUUGGUCUACAUCUGGACUUGGGCAUCCUGUACUAUGUCUACAUGGGGCUGCUGGCAGUGUUCUGUACCAAUGCCAUCAAUAUCCUAGCAGGAAUUAAUGGCCUAGAGGCUGGCCAGUCGCUAGUUAUUUCUGCUUCCAUCAUUGUCUUCAACCUGGUGGAGCUGGAAGGUGACUAUCGGGAUGAUCAUGUCUUUUCCCUAUACUUCAUGACACCCUUUUUUUUCACCACCCUGGGACUGCUCUACCAUAACUGGUACCCAUCACGGGUGUUUGUGGGAGAUACCUUCUGUUACUUUGCUGGCAUGACCUUUGCCGUGGUGGGCAUCUUGGGACACUUCAGCAAGACCAUGCUACUCUUCUUCAUGCCCCAGGUGUUCAACUUCCUCUACUCACUGCCUCAGCUCCUGCAUAUCAUCCCCUGCCCUCGCCACCGUAUGCCCAGACUCAAUACCAAGACAGGCAAACUGGAGAUGAGCUAUUCCAAGUUCAAGACCAAGAGCCUCUCUCUUUUGGGCACCUUUAUUCUAAAGGUAGCAGAGAGCCUUCAGCUGGUGACAGUGCGCCAGGGUGAGGAUGAGGACAGCGCCAUCACUGAGUGUAACAACAUGACCCUCAUCAAUUUGCUGCUGAAAGCCUUUGGGCCCAUGCAUGAGAGAAACCUGACACUGCUCCUGCUGCUGCUACAGGUGUGGCUGGGGAGGAGUUUACCCUACUUGUCUCCUUUUAUCCGUGGUUCUGACUGCAGUCCAUUUCUCCUUGCAGACCCUGGGCAGUGCUGUCGCCUUCUCCAUUCGGUACCAGCUUGUCCGACUCUUCUAUGAUGUCUGAGUCCUUUGAUCAUUGCCCUUCACUUCACAGUCACCAGGGUUCCUGACUCAGGCUGAUCCCUUUCUGGACCAAGACUGCCUCCUGGCCCAGGCCUCUUCCACCCUUCAUGUCCUCCAGAUUUGGUCCUCAGCAUUCCAUUGCUCCCAUGAUACCGAUAUUUUGGGCCUUUCUUGCCUGUCUAAUGACUAUUGAUUGGCCUUUGCCUAUUGCUUUCUUCAAAUUGCUACUUUCCCUCUCCAACCCUCUCUGCACCCUUCUGAGGUGGGAUUUACAGCUUUUGUGCAGUUAUCCACAACCCUACUCUCAAGGAAUAUGUUGGGCCCAGGGACAGAACCCUGGCUGGGGAUAGACACACAGGCUCAAAAAUGACUUGACAUUUGAUUAUAAAUUAGGGAUUCUGAUUAUGGAAUGGAGAAGACCAGGGAGCCAGGUGCUCCCAGCGGUGACAAUAAAGUGUUGCCUUUU